GAAGAAAAUGAAAAUGAGAAAACUUUUGGGGGAGGAAAGCAAAAUUAUUUUAAUACUCCGUAUUUUUUAUUUUAGGAAGGGAGUAUCCGAGUAUUAUUAUUAUCCCUUUAUAAUCCUCAUUUGAUCCACAAAUUAGAGAUCGUUUCAUCGAUUUUAUCUACACCCUUUUUCUUGCAGAGCAAUCUUGUAGCAGACGCCGUCUUCGUCAUCGGAUAUGGGCCGGAAAUUCUUCGUCGGCGGUAACUGGAAAUGCAAUGGAACGAGUGAAGAGGUGAAGAAGAUUGUCUCAACACUCAAUGCAGGCGAAGUGCCGCCUCAGGAUGUUGUUGAGGUUGUUGUAAGCCCCCCAUUUGUGUUUCUUCCAUUAGUAAAGAGUUCUCUUCGACCUGAUUUCCAUGUGGCUGCCCAAAAUUGUUGGAUUAAGAAAGGUGGUGCUUUCACCGGUGAGAUUAGUGCCGAAAUGCUUGUCAACCUGGAUAUCCCUUGGGUCAUUCUUGGUCACUCAGAAAGAAGACUUAUCUUGGGCGAAUCAAACGAGUUUAUUGGGGACAAAGUAGCAUAUGCUCUCUCUCAAGGUUUGAAGGUAAUUGCAUGUGUUGGAGAAACACUUGAACAGAGAGAAGCAGGAACUACCAUGGUUGUUGUUGCUGCACAAACAAAGGCAAUUGCAGAUAAAGUAUCAGAUUGGUCUAAAGUUGUCAUAGCCUAUGAGCCUGUUUGGGCAAUUGGAACUGGAAAGGUUGCCACACCUGCUCAGGCCCAAGAAGUACAUGCUGAACUGAGGAAAUGGCUUGAAUCAAAUGUGAGUUCCGAUGUGGCUUCCUCAACUAGGAUCAUCUAUGGAGGAUCGGUUAGUGGUGCAAAUUGCAAGGAAUUGGCUGCAAAGCCCGAUGUUGAUGGGUUCCUGGUAGGAGGAGCUUCUCUCAAGCCGGAGUUCAUUGACAUCAUCAAGUCCGCUGAGGUGAAGAAAAGUGCAUGAGAUUUGAUGUAUUUGGAAAUUUGCAUUUUAUGUUUUUGAUUUUGAUAAAAGACUUCACUAUGAACCCCCCACCCCACCCCCUCUUUGUUGGUGGCAUACACGUAUUUUUCCAAAUAAAGGGAGCAGACGUGUCGUGUACUUGUAUUUGGGAUGGGCUUUAAGCCCUUCCCUGGUUUUUUAAAAGAAUCACUUUUUUUUUUUACUUUCCCUCCUUCAUUUAAUAAAAAUAUAUUUACACGGUAAUGUUUAGAAAUAAUAGUUCAUAAAUAGUCCAAAAAUAUUUGCUCAGUUUUAGAAAAGUAUUCGAUAAAUAGCUCUUAUAUUAGUGAAAUAUAUUUUGUUUUUUUAAUUAAUGAACUGUAUUUCAUUUUUUUGAAUUCAAAAUGUAUAAAAUGAGUACUUGAUUAGUUUGGCCCCACCCAAUACCUCCCCCUCUUUCCUUUCCUGCACCACCCACCCCAUACUCUUUCUCUCUCGUUCACCAAUCACCCUCCUUGCUUCUCUCUCUCUAUCAAUAUUACCGAUCAAUUUUACCGCAGUACCAGUCUUCUUCGAUCGCCUCCCAAAAAUUUGCACGGCGCGGGCUCCCCUUCUCCGCCAUAGAAGAAUCACCACUGCGCCAAUCACCCCGAUUGCCUACUUUGCCAUCCUCCUUCGUCUGCGCUGCCGCUACCACCGGUGCAACCACAAUUUAAAGGGUUGAAGAUUUGUGCGUUAGAAGAAGUGUUAAGAUGACAUGAAUGCCAAAUGAGUGCUGGAGCAAACUUCUUUUACAUUUUGAGUUGAUUUUUUUUUUUUUUUUGAAAUUGAAGGUCUCUGCUAUGCUUUUGUUCUUGG